CAACAAUGAGCCAGAACCAGUGGACGGCUGCUGAGCGUGCGGCCCUCAAGCGUCUCGACCCCGACGGCACGACGUGGAAGCUGAUCGCGACAGGCUUUCCCGGCCGCAGCGCUGCCAGUUGCCGCCAGAAAUGGUUAACUAUCACUGGCAACACGAACAAGCGCAUUUGGAGUCGGGACGAAGACGCCCGACUCUGCUACGCUUUGAGCGUCACCACCAAGUGGCCCAAGAUCGCCACGAUCGUCGGGACGCGCAAACAAUGCCAGAGCCGGUGGCAGCGGAUGGGCGAGAAAGGACUCGCGAUCAAGUGCAGCGUCAAGCCCAGCGGUCGUCCCGUCCUGAGAAAGACGGCGAAGGCACUCUCCACGACGCCGGACGACACGGUCUUGGACGUAUACGCACAAAUUGAAGCCAUGGACCUCAACUGGAACAACAUCGCGCCAGCGCCCAUCGGCUCGGACUACGUCGCCCGCAGCUUUGCUUCGAUGGAUGAAAUUGCGAUGCGGUUGCCGGCACAGGCUGCGACGGCGCCAGCCGAUCUUGUGUCGCUGUCGACGACGGUCGCGUCGCCUGACGAGCAUUUGAGCCAAGCCGAAGUGGACUAUUGGUCGGCGCUUGUGGUCCACGCCUAA